GUCUCACGCGGAUGCUCCGAACACUGUUGUGCUGAAAAGUGAGUGAUCGAAAUUUUCGAUCUACCCCAAAAAAAGGACACAAAAAGUGCACACGUGGGUAACAGUUGACCCAAUUGACCGACCGAAUGACUCGUCGAAUGUUUCGGUCCGGAAUCUGAGUCAAGUGAAGGUGGUGAAAAAUUCAACGCAACAAUUAAAUACACAAAAUUAUUACGGCCAUUAGUUUGGUGAUGAAGUUUAGGAGAACAGUGAAAUGUAAGGAAGGAACGAAAUAGCAAAAAUUGAGUGAAAUUGCAUUGAUAUAGCUGUGAAUGAUUGUCAUAAGCAUGAUUCGCAUCAUGUAUUUUGUUUUCGCCUUAUAUUUACAUUUGGUUUUCACAACGCUGUCGUGUACAUUGACUAGCAUGAAGACUGAAAAGUGCGGUGGCAUGUUCGGUGACGUACGGUUAAACCAGUUCUGAUUUCAGUGGUAAAUGAACUUGGGAGAAAAAAUAAACAUGAGAAAUGUCAGCCAAGUUUCAGAGAAUGUCUACUUUACACAUCGAACGCAGAGCAGUAAUGGACUAGGCGUCUCCAUACACACAGUGAUCAGUUUGAUUGGAUCGGAGGCAUUGCUCAUCGUUUUCCACCGUCCGUAUGUUAUAUGUGAACGAUCUCCAAGCGUGGUCAGAUUCGUCUCUUCCUUUUCCUCUGGUGGAAACACAAAUUAAAAAUAGACGCGUACGUGUAUGUGUGUGCUCCCAUUGGACAACGUGGGGAAAAAUAGUUGUAUUUUUCUCUAAUGUCCUUGUGGAGGAGUGUAGAUGACAUGUGUUCGCGCUGAAAUGUUUAUUAACUUCGCAAAUAAAUGAGAAGAGCUGCUGCUGCUGCUAGUGAAAACGAGCAUUGUCGGAUGACGGAACAUAAGAGCUGUACGUGGCGAAAAAUUAAUCAUCGCAGCAUGAAAUUUGAAGUUUUCCCUAUCAGAUAGUGUGAGUGAUGUUGAAAACAAAUUUGUGGGGUGUGACCCCCGGAAGUGUGCUAAAAUAGUUGUUUUGUGUAUACUUUCAGAAAGUGAGGAGGAGUGUUGAACUUAGGUAGAAACUAGACUAUAGGAAAUAAACGCAGUGAAAACUCGGGCGUUCAAAAGGAUGCUUCUACUAAGUGGUCCAUGUCGCAAAUGCACAGGGAAGAACUAGGUGCCGGGAAGUGACUGACUGGCAUCAUCAAAGAGUGCAGAAAAUAGGACAAAGAAAAGCUUAAUUGUGCUUGAAAACAAAAGCGGGUCGUCCGCUCAAGUGGUUGCGAUUCUCGAAAGAUUCGGUGGGAAAUUUGUUGCGAUGAAUUUUCUCUCGUAGAACGCAUCUGGUUUCAAAGUUUUGUGUUCUGUCGUGUAUGCGGAGCCGCAAGAGCCACUGUUGUACCUGGAACACGAUAAGGAGUGGAAAACCCCAACUGGUAGUACGUCACCAUUAAAGAAAUGUGACAUUGGUUUCGUUUGAACUUCGCUCGCUAGGAUGUGCAUUUCGAUGCCAGGAGACCGUUACGGAGAUGCAAAUUUACGCUGUACCCUUUAACUAUGAUUUAAUAAAUAAAUAAACCAAGACGAAGGGAAACAGGAGAUUAAGGAUCAAAGCGAUCAAAGCUGUUGAGAUUACUCAAAUUAAAGCGAAAGUUUUAAUAUUAGAGGAAGGGAAAUGGGAAAUGGGAAUUGCAGGUACCUCAUGCGCUACGGCACACAUUGCGCUCCAGCACACGCGGCCGUAAACUGAACUUGAACUUCUUGUAGCGAAAAUUCGAUCCUGUGAAUAACUACUCAUAGGAGGACUGUCGAGAUAAAGAGCUAGAGAACGACCAACAUUGGCGGCUUCAACCGAAAGGGGCAAAAAAAGUAAACAACUUUAAAGCAUGAAUGUGAAAUUUACGUCAACCAAGCCAAUUUUCCUAAGGAGCAAACCGAAAAAUGCGUCCGCCAUGAGCGCAAAUUCCAAAUAACACUAACCUGGCUCUUCGAAUUUGCACAGUCACAACACAAACGAACCACGCAGACGACAGUGCGGCUGUGUGGAAACCGAGCCGAAUGUAAAUAAGAAUUCGUAUUGGAAAAAAAACAGACGACCGUAACUUCGGCUUUCGGCGAGAGCGAUCGGGUCCACACAGCACGCGGGAAACAACCCGACGCCGACAACACUACGAAAGGUUGGGCUUAUCCAGACAGCAGUCAGUUUAGUCGGUGCUCGGCAAGGUAUCGGUGCGGAUUCAUUGCUUCAUUCAUCAGAAGACUGUCGCGCGACGAGCAAGUGUUUUCUCGGAAGCAGUGCUUGAAUAAGUUAUUUCCUUUGUGGAACGAAAUACGAAACGUGAAUCGCCCGAAAGAAUAACAACAUAAAGUAGGAGAAAACGGUGUGAAGAAUAAUUUGAAAAAAGUGCGACCAGAUCUCAGUGAUAUUGAAAUCAGUUCAAUUUCACCAUCAGAUGAAGGCAAGAAGGCAGUGAAAGAAAAGUAUCUCAGUUACGAUCAACUCAUAUCAAUUUGCGAAGUUUUCGUUCUGGAGUCGAAAAGCAGAAUGCGAAGCGUUGUGAGUUUUGUGAUUGAAACAAUGAAACAUCGAUACCAUUAACUAUGGAUACGAUAUAGUGCGCAGAAAAGGACAAAAUAUGAUGUUUGUGAAAAGUGUACACAAAAAUGAGGAAAUCAACUCAGACACCGGGAAGUGAAACUCGUGUGGCACAAUGUUAGCCAUAGACUGCCUGGUCGGUGGAUUACUACUCAGUUCGAUCGGUGUGAACAUCCUCGCACUUGGUGCUUUCUGGGUCACCCCUAGUCUUCGAACAACGGCGAAUCGGUUCGUGAUUAACUUGCUGAUUGUAAACUUGGUAUGCUGUAUAAUACUGGGCCCAUCAUUACUGUUGAAUGCAUUUACAUCGCAAUCGUCAGUUUCACCAUCGGCAGCGGUGGUACUGGCCACGGACACUGCCCCAACGUCUACAGCAACAGCAGCAUCGACCUCCGGAAAUGGCAGUGUUACCGCAGUUGAGCAUUUAUUCGCGAGCUUAAAAAACGCCACCGCUGGAGAGGACAGUGCCACUCAAAAUGUAAAUAACAACACCGAUAGAAUAGUGAAAUGUAGGAAUGCUCCCACCAUCGAAUGUGAUACUAUAUUGAUAAGAAGUAAUGUAAAUAUUGAAAGUGUGCUGCAAGCUAAAUCGCGCCGAGAUGAUGUAAUCGAUUCAAAGCUGACGCUCACAAAGAUAAGAUGCUGGGGGCUCGACUUGGUUGUUGCUCUCGGCGCUCUUUCGGUCCUGCUGGUGGUUGGUGAUACCUGGUGUGCAGUUACUGAUCCUUUGCGGUACCAUUCUCGAAUCUCUGAGUUGAAAGCAUGGGCGUUCAUCGCAACAACCUGGCUGCUGGGAAUUGCUUUCGGUAUAGCUUCCGGAUUCCGAGGUGACCAGAAAAAUAUAACGCUGUUCAACAAUCGACUAACAAGCGCUGAAGCAGCGGCAGCUUUUGAAGCUAGUCAUUUGAGUAGGAAUCUAACGACCUCCCAGCGUGAUAAUGGGCUCAUAAAUCAUCUCAACAUUUCGGAGGAUUUGUACAACACCAUCUUCUCCUACACGUAUUUCGUGAUUGUGAUUCUGCUGCCGUUCGGUCUAGUAUGUGGCAUGUAUUGGCGAAUAUUCUCUGAGGCACGAGAGAGUGGCCAGCGAAUGAGACAGAAUGGGUCUUCUCCGCUUUUGCAGAGUGCGCUGAAUUUGGUGUCGGUUUCCGCCCAAAAACAGGCGGCAAAGCAAGUGGAACUAUUGCGCCAACAAACCGACCGUGACGGUUGCGAUGGCCUGACAAUGAAAAUCGAUAAACAGAUUCAUUAUGAGGAUGAAACCAUCACAGUAAAUAGUAUUGAACACAGCAGUAGUAUUAAACAUCAAGAUUCGUGUCUCAAGCCGUUACUGCAACAGUCACCAUCACCAACACCCGUUCAUCAGCCCAAGCACCACGAGGACGGCAACUCAGCAACAGUACAAAUAGAGAAUAAUAUCACGCUAGGACCACUAGCCACACCACCGAGCAAGCCGAAAACAUCUUUGAAACAACAAGACACCAAUCUCAGCAUUAUGCAGGCACCAUUCGCCAGUACCCUGCUACAAAAACAGGGCAAAAUUAGGCGCAAUCACAGUGCUGGCAGGCUUGUUAGUUUUAGCGAACAAAACCAGGAGCUACGACCGGGCUUGAGACAGGUCCAUUCGACUCCAAAUUUCCAGAAAUUUGCAGCGCCGGAGUUUGACCACAUCGGUAACCAUCACAUUCUCUCCCUGCCAGCGGUUCAUGUGCCUCCCAAAGCGCUGAGGUACAUGACAUCAAUCCGACAUCGACUCUCGAACGCUUCUUCACUAUUCAAAUAUCGUGAAGAAUCCCGUGCGGCUCGCAUAAGCAUCCUGGUGAUAAUUAUGUUUCUAGUCUCGUAUCUUCCUUACGGGAUUCUAGUGCUGAUGCAGGGUCACGUGGAUCUGUUUCUCGUGUCGGAUCAAGCACUAUUGGCGAUCUUCACCGUGGUGAUUGCGAAUCUCAGUUCACCGUUCAUCUUUGCCUACCGCAACAAACGGGUGCGUCGAGGCGUUAGGCGCCUCCUCGGCAUCGACAAAAAGACUAAUGAGCGCCUGCAGAAGCUCACUUGCAGUAAUACCAACUUCAACAAUAACAAUCACUACAAUGCCAAUAUUAGCUUUCACAACGCCGCCGCUAAUGGGACCGACGGAGGAGCUACCAAUGGUCAGAUUGCUGCCCACAAGUCCCACAAAGUGCGCAUCGCUGGCCUGUCGAGGAGCGGCAGUUCGAGCAAAUAUCUCACCCCAAACCACGCGGCGGCGAUGGCCGUUGCCAACGGAUACAUGGUGGAAUUCGAGCGCUACCCUUCGGACGAGCUGAACAGUUUGUGCAUUCAGAAGAAAUCGAUACUUAAACGAGUCUGUGAUAGCUCACGUAAGUGGGGCUGCAAUUUUGCUACUAAUUCCUGUACCAGUAACGAUGAGCAAACGGAAGUGUAGCUAUAAUUUCUCCUUCCCUACAAUUUUGGACGCUUUAUACCGUUUCAAUUGUCUCACACCCCCUAAGCAUCAUUCCAUCACGAUCCAACUCCUGCCGCUAUAUUAUGACCUUUAAUUAUACCUUGGCGUGAGCGAUUCUACACAACUGUCACUUCUUUAUUGAUCUGUCGUCCUUCGGUAUCACGCGCUUCUCAUCUAGCAAACCUGAAAAAAACCCAAUGUAAUUCGAAUCGGUUUCCCAAAUGGGAGCAAAUGAUGCGAAAAACGUUCAUAUCCAGACUGCCCCCAUUCGAACCCUGGGAGGAGCAAUGGGAUGCAUUAUCUGAGCUUUCUUUUGCUUCUGUCUGUGGAAGAUUCUGCGGUGAGCAAAUUUUCCAUGAUUCGCUAUUUGCAUAAAAGAUAGAUUAAAACAGAACGGAGCUAAUUUGCAUUCCGUAUAGGCCACCUUCUGGCCGUACUUGGGGCAAAUAAAGAACCAGCAUGCAUUUGCAUGCAUUUAUUAAAGCAUUUCCUAGGGAACCCCAUCAUUCUCGUACCAGUGGAGGGACGGAGAGUAACGACUAGGCGAAACUAUCUGCACAACACCGGACACUAAAAAUAGGUUACACUGCUCAUUUUUCCUCAUUGUCCGUUUGGAAUUUUCCAUUUCCAGUGUAUAGUACCUCCAGGAGCGGAUGGCUAGCAAAAGCGAAAAGUGUGAUAAAAUCUUAUAGCUGGGUGAUAUUAAUUGACCCAGUCUGGUGUUCAAGGAACGUGCGAUAAUUGUGGCUUUAAGCCAGCAGCCACAGGAGUCGGCCUGGCACAAAAUUCAAUUUAAGAAGAUGGCGUUCGACUUGUUCGUGUCAGAGCUAUAUCCAACGAUAUAUACUGUUCAGGCACGUGCGUAGACGUGCAGCAAUCGGACGGAAGGUAAAACACCGAGAGCCGUGUUUUAUCUCUGGUCGUCCCAUUUUUGACGUGCAAUAUUAUAUACAGGUUAUGCUAAUGGAGCAAGCAGCACAUUGCACAAGUGUGACCGAUCUGUGGGGCAGGUUUAAAAAGAAAUAGUUCGCGAACACUUUACUUGGCAUCUUCGGUGGGGUAAAAAUAGUGUGCUAGCACAUCCAGACUAGCACUAAAUAAGCAUGACAGAUGGGAUGGCGCGUUCGAAUGUUCUGUGGACAUCUUCGGGUAUAAAUAUUCGUGAGAAUGACAAUAUGAGUUAUAGUUUUGUUCUGAAUGUUGUCACUGAAGAUUAAUUUCUAUGGACAUUAUGAUACGAUCAUUUGAACGAGACUGAAAUUUUGGCGUAGGACUACGAAAUUAUUUUAUUCAAUUAGCUGGUUUAUUAUUCCCUAUAUUCUUUUAGAAUGCAUUAAAAUUUCAUGAUAGUAGAAGGUUUUGGUGACCCUGAAAAGGGCCGAUGAUUCUGUAGAAGCAGUUGAAGACGGUUGAUUGAUGAUUCAUUCUUGCUGGCCGUAUGUUGCAAUUUAUUUCCGUAUAUCAAUGUGUGCAUUGCACUUUUUUUUUCGCAGUGAACCCACACUUGUUCACAGGAUCACAGGCGCUGUGUCUACUGAAAAAAAUGGCACCAAUGUGUCGCACAGUUUUCUGAUAGAAACGAACCUCUAGACGAGUGAACUUGCAAGUCCACAGCAGAAAUUCUUUUGGGAAAAUAGUUCUGAAAAGAGCUGAUAAGUUGACUUCUUCUGCUUGGUAAACGGUGGAAUAGAGCACCUUGUGACAGCAGCAAAGCAGAUAAUGAUGACGUUUUGAAGUCUAAGAUGCUUUAAACUUUCCAGUUUAAUCGCUUCUAGCUUUGAAAAUGAACAUUUUGAAACACUCAAAAUAUACCGUCGACCUUGAGAAAGGCCAUUUGGAAACUGGUGAAUCGUGAAUGAGCGAAGCAGAAACACAUGCGCUGUUUUUGACGUAGGACUACGUCUUUCGUUUCUGUGCUAGGCUGCAAAAUUAAAAUUUCGAAAACGAUAGCGGAGUGCAAGGUUUUGAGCGUUAACACCUUUUUGACGGCUGAACGAAACGGUAUGAGAAUCACUUCAUUCAGAAAAAAAGGGUUACGAGUGAUGUACGUUACUCAUUGACUGAAAAACUUGUUUCAUAAGUUCGAAAACUUUUUUGAAUACAAGCUUCAGAAAUCACAACAAUCUCACUCAUUGACGAUGCAUGUAAGUCGAGGACACUAGUAUUCGUAUGCAUUUGAACACAGGAAUGUGUUUUUCUAACACGAACGCAAAACCAGAGAGCCAGCGGAAAUCGUCAUUGAAGAUACAUGCAAGCUGCGAAGAAUUUCGAUGUCAUCGGGCCCUGUCAGGGCUACCAAGUACUUGUACUAAGGAGUACUUAAUUCUUAAAUUUCUAUAAUGUCCGUUCUCGCCUCAAUUUCAAUUUCGUAGUCCCACGUUAACAGUGCGGUAGUUUCUUGAACACCACCCUUCUAGUUGUUUUUCCGUACAGGUUGUGACAGGAAAAUUGGAACUCCUGUUACUGAAACUGGAUGUUGAUUUUCGUAUAUACUGGCUGACAGAAGAAUCACACAGGGGUGCGGCUUGCGUUGUAAUGCUUCGCUUCUCUUCUUGUGAUGAAAUGUUUCGCUUUGCUUAAUCACUUACAUUUUUUCUUUGUAUCGAGAAGACCGGUGCACUAGGAAAGACUGUUGACUACCUGCUAGUUGGUGUAGGACUCUGAUUUGUAAUCGUCAACGGAUUAUCAGUAUCAAAUACGUUGAGAACGGACGGAGCAUAAUAUUGUGAUUGUCAUACCACUUCAUCCAACCGGCGGAGGGAUAUUAACGCUCAAAACCAUGAAUCUCAAACGUAACACAUUCGUUUUCGAAACAUUGAGCUUGCAAACCAGUACAGUAAUGCAUUUGAUAACGGAAUCCUAACCAAACAUCAAAGUUACGCAUUUGUUACUUUGUUUGAUAAAGCAAGGGUUCGUUUGGAACAUUCUAGCGUUGAAGAAUGACAGCAGGAGAAGGAAAAAGUUAUUCAAUAGUCGAAGAUGUCACUCAUUAUUUUGAGAUCAAGCUGAAAUGAGUAACAUAUGAAAAGUUAGGAGCACUUUAGAAAAGUGUCCGAAUAGUCUUUGCAUUCAGAAGACGUACAAAUCACUUGUUCUUAUUAGAUUGCCAUUCACGACAAUCAUAUAAAAUGAUUAACAUGGACGAUCAAAGAUGUGGUGGAUGAGGUUAUAAUAAAAGAGCAAUACUAACAGGUUGGUUUGAAAUACGACCAAGCCAAUUUAGAAUUUUAAUUUAUGAUAAAAUUGUGUCACUUUAUUAUGACAAAUGGAUAUGGAACCGGCAUUUUUAGCUAGAUUUUCGCAUAACUGUUACAACAUCUUCCCCCAUCACAACGGCACCGAUUUCCCCGAAACAAGCUAGUUCUUCUCAAAACGUAUAUCGCCGCACGCAAAUUAAUCCCACCCACGCCAAUACAAACCCCGCAACAGAUCAAAACUGCCGAAAUCGUUCUUCUCCAGCAGUCCUAUCCUAUCGCUCACGCUAACUUCAAAACCAGUUAUCGACUUCCGCACUUCGUACUGUCAUACUUUCGACAUCAGAAAACCCCCCGCGCGCGCUUCGUAACCCAUUCCAGCGCCGUCACGGAAUUAUAAACGCCCGGCUGAGGCACAUGAAACGAAGCUCUUUCUGGUUGACCUUCCGAAAAUCAACACUCAACAGGUGCUACAUUGUUGCUGAACCGAGCUGUAAUAGAUAAACCAUGGCCAAAUAGUUAAACGUUUCUUAUCGGAUGGUAAAGAUAUAAAAUCUGCCAAGGGCCUAGAAUGAUGUAACCCAACUGCUAGUUUUUUAAGUAUAUUAGCACAUUUCUUAGAAAAGCGAGAAACUUUAGGUUUAGCUCAAACUGAAAAUCUCUUAUUCGAUCCUUUAAGGAAGCUUACAGGCGAACGAUAUUCUAUAUGAAACAGAUGCUUUAAUAAUUAGGAACACUAGAGAUUAGCUGAGGCAAAUCAAAAUCAUAAUGAUCUUCAUUAGGAGCCCGAACAAUGACGAAAAUGGUGCUUGAGUGUAUGCAUUUAGUUUGUACUAGAUAAGCGUCCUACAUUUGGAGCGAAUGUAAACAAGCGAACUAAACUGUGUAUUUAAACAUUGUUAGCGUGUGUCGAUUGAUGUAUUUACCUACUAAAAAUAUUAUUUACAUGAAACAGAAAUCACAAGAUUGACUAUAACGAAAAGCAGGGUGUCUAAAUGAGUAUUUUAUCUUUAAUUCGCUAUGAAGUAAAAGUAACGAUGUUAAACAGCAGCAAAAGCCCUCAAUCAUCAGUGUGUCCUCUAUGUGACAAGGUGAAAUGCAAGCUUCUCGGGCGCUGUCAAUCGCCUAUGGCAAUUGCACAAUACCAUCAGCGGUGACAUUCAGAAAUUAUUCAACACUACAUACCUUGGAAACGUAAUUAGCGGCGAAAAGAAUGCAAUUUACCCAUCAUACGAGUUGGGGCUUUUGCAAUGUAGAUAUAACCUAACAGUUCACUCAUACAUAUACCACCACAAGCAAAAAUAUUGACUGUUUUGAUGUCUAUACGAACGAACGAAACUAAAACAACAUCCAAUUGCAGAAGAGUAGAAAAAAUCAACGUGGAAAAACACGAGUUAUAGAGUAAAAACCAACAUCACUCACACACACACACAGACACAAACACACACACACACACACACACACACACACACACACACACACACACACACACACACACACGUAAAA